AUGUCCAUUCGAAAAUGUGUCACUAAUGCAUUGAAAUAAAUUGAAAUGGACUUAGCACUACUCCUGGAGGCUGUAGAUUUGAGAUUUAUAAUUUGUGUUAUGUCAACAUUUCACAACAGCGUACGUACGCCGUACAGACGCAGUUAUGUAAAAAAAAAAAAAUGAAUAAAACAUUAAACAAGAUCGAGAGUGUGGUACAAAAUAAUUUAAAUUUGACGCCAUGACUGUUCUAGGUUGCCUACCAUGAUCCACAUUAUUGCAGUAGCACUACCAGUACAGAUUAAAGAUAUUCUUAAUUUUUUAAUUCUUUAGUCUUCAGUCAAUCAGAAUCGGUCGUGUCGAGCGCAAUUUCCGGUUUCUAACGUCGGCAGUCAGGACUCGGCACUCGUCAGUGGUAGUACACUAGUACCUACCUGCUUUUCAAAAUUUUCUCUUUUAAGACCGUUUGGGUUUCUAUUGAGGAGCUGAGAAAUUGGACUCUUGAGCGUUGUCAAUACCAGGCAAAGAUACCCAAAUGAAGCAAUUGUUCUCUGUCGUUUUACUACUUUUGUUUGUAAGUUAUUGUUUAUCAGCUAAUAUAUUAGCAUUUUUGCCUACAUUUGCUAGAAGUCACUAUGGUGGAUUCCAACCACUAUUAAAGGAACUAGCUGUAAGGGGUCAUAAUGUUACAGUUUUAUCGCAUUUUGCUCUCAAAAAUCCACCACCAAACUAUCAUCAUAUUGAUGUUUCAAAAGAAAUACAGAAUGACAAUAAUUUUAGCAUGUUAUCUAUUGCACCAUACUUAAAGCCAUUGGUUAUUCCUAUUGGCACUUUGUUUUUUGGAAAUCAAAUAACAUUAGAAACAUUGAACAAUACCAAAGUCAAAGAAUUUAUUCAUUCAGAUGGCUAUCAAUUUGAUGUUGUAAUUUUUGAAAACUUCCAACAUGAAUGCUUUGUAUCAAUGAGCCAUAAGUUUAGUGCUCACGCAAUCCAACUAUUCCCAGCUACACCAACCGCUUUCAGCUCACAAUGGUUUAGUCAACCAUUUAAUCCUUCUUACAUUCCAGAUCCUAAUUCUGGGUACAAAGAUCACAUGUCUUUAUUUGAGCGAACAAUAAAUUUCCUUGUAACGUGUCUCCAAUUUUUUUUAUUCCCAAUAUUUUACAUGCCCAAACAAAAUGAAAUCAUGUUGAAUUAUUUUAAUUAUACUGGUUCGGAAUUUAGACCAUCGUUGGAAGAAAUGACAAAAAACAUUUCAUUAACACUAAUAAACACACACUUUACUUUAGGAACAGCCAGGCCUCUUGUUCCAAGUUUUAUUGAAGUUGCUGGAAUGCAUUUAAAGCCUGCUUCAAAACUACCUAAAGAUUUACAAGAGCUUAUGGAUAACUCACCCGAUGGAGUUGUAUAUUUUAGUUUUGGAUCAGUUGUCAAAGGUAGUCAUUUGCCCAUGCAUCAAGUAAAAUUGUUCUUGCGCCAACUAGGCCAAAUUAAGCAAAAAGUCUUAUGGAAAUGGGAAUCAGAUGAUUUACCAGAAUUGCCACCAAAUGUAGUAGUUAACAAAUGGUUCCCACAAGUCGACAUUCUUGGGCACCCUAAUUGUGUGCUUUUUAUUACUCAUGGAGGUAUACAUAGUGUAGAAGAGGCAGUGUACUAUGGAGUUCCGAUGUUGGCCAUAUCUAUUUUUGGAGAUCAACUAUAUAACUCAAUAAUGAUGGAAUCUAGAGGAGCUGCUAUACGCUUAAAAUACUCGGAACUUACUGAAAAUCGUUUUGGCCAUAAUUUACAUGAAAUGCUUAGUAAUACAUCGUACAAACAAAAUGCAGUUAAGUUAUCUAAAAUAUUUCACGAUCAACCAAUGAAACCAUUGGACAAAGCAGUUUACUGGAUUGAAUAUGUUAUACGCCAUAAUGGUGCACAUCAUCUAAAAACUGCUGGAAACCAACUUAACUGGAUCCAGUUUUUGUCAAUUGAUGUAAUUCUUGUGCUCUUAACAACUAUAUUUUUAUUUUUAAUUAUUUCAUUUUAUACCAUGAAAAAAAUGUACAAAUGGUUCAUUAGCUACCGUGAGUACCGUGCAGAAACUAAUGAUGAUAAAAAAAAGAAAUAAAAGGUAAAUAAUUGUAGUUAUUAUUUAAGUAAAAUAUAAUAUGAGUAGUUUUUUCAAUUAAACUUUUACAACAAUUUGGUUGUAAUUUAAAUCAAAGAUAUAACUAUUGCCAGUUAAUAGGUAGAACUUUUUAGGUGUUUUCUUCUUACAUUUUAAUUUAACUCUAGGCCUAUAUAAGCAAAAAAAUGUUGUGCUCUCUAAAAAGCAAUAUUUGAUGUGCAAAACAAAAAAUCAAGAAAUGAAGUAAAUAUUAUUUAAAUUGUUUUCGGCUUAAUAAAGCUAUCUCUGUUAAUUUUAAUUUUGAUAAAUACAUUUUUUUUUAUUUUAAUUUGUACUUAUAAGUAUUGUGUCUUAUGGUUUUAUAAUAUUAUUAAGAGGACUUUAUUACUUCCAGCAAAUCAAGUUUAAUUCCGUUAGUUUAAAAUUAAAAUAAAUUAACCUACUAUGAGACUUGAUGGUAAGAACAUUAUCUAUGUUCCUUUGUUGGUUUUUUACAAUAGUUCAGCUUUUUAGCAAGUUAUAAUACACUGUAACUUAAAAAUGCUCAUAACUCAUAAAUCACUUAAAAAUUGAAAUAUCAUAAAAAACCAAAACCAAAACACAGGUCAUUCACAUCUUACCAUCAAGUUUCAUUCUAAUUUUCUAAGAUUCCCUCUAAUUUUUAAACGAAUAGAAUUCAACGUGAUUUACUGAACCUAAAUUUGGCAUGUUACGUGUUUGUAAGACAAAGACAACACAUGCAGGUUAUUCUCUUAAGUUUUUUUUAAAAAAUUUUUUUGUUUUUACUCAAUUGUUAAACGAGUUUCUUUUUUUAUAAAUGUAAUGUGUAUCAUAUUAACAUUGUUUCGUUGUGUAGAAGUCUAUGAUUAGGAAUAAGUUCUAUAUCAUGUCCUAAAUUUCCAUGUCCAUUUCGUUUUGGUGAAAAUGUAUCCCCAUAUUGCGUAUUUGUGCAGUACGUAAAAAAUGAAUUUCCGUUUCACUAAAUGGAUGAUAGUACUCAUCAGUCACGAGUCAUCAUAAAAUCAAAUGGAUGCAAUAUAUCAAGUACUCGCGGAAGAUGUAUUUGGGUGUACUAUGGUAUGAGCAUGAUUAUAGGUGGAUUUCUAAUCAUGGACGGGGAGUUAACACCAAAACCACAAAAUGGAUAAAAUGCUCUAAUACCUUUCUUUUCACCACGGUUUUAUUUUUAUAAUUUAUAUUAUUUAGUAAUUCUGAAACAGUUAACAAUGUUAUCAAACCAUUAUCAAAAAUGCAAAACAAUGAUCUUAAAAAAUAAAUAUUUUAUUUUUGUGUAUUAUAAAUAUUAAAUUGUUAGAAAUAUAUCAGUUAACUUUAUUACUGAUUUGAUUGGACAUUUAUUCAAAUGUACAUAGUUCAUAAAAAUAUAUUUUUGUAGUUACAAACCAGUAGGUAUGCAAUUAUUUCAUUAAAUAUAUCAAAUGUUUUUAUAAUUUGUACCAUCAUAUUUUUUUAAUAAGUUUAAUAGUGUAUAGCAUUCGUAGUAAGUAUUGACUAAAUGGUAAAAGUAGACAAGUUUUACUUAUACUUUUCAAUGUAAUAUGAUAUGCUUCAAUUAGUAUUGGCUAAAUUGUUAAAAAAAAAGAAACAGUACAUAGUAUAUAGCGGAAAUAUUCAGUUAAAAUAGUACAUUGUGAAUAGGUACUUCGUACUUAUAAUAAUAUUUUGUUUAAACAAAAUUAACUGGUUAUAUUCUCAGUCAUGCUUUGUAUGCGGAGAAAAAUAUUAAAACGUUUUUGACCUUUUCAAUAUGUAAAUUUCAAAUGGUUGUUUAAAGAAUGUUAAUGUAAUAAAAUGUACACUUAUAGACCAUA